GACAUUUAUUGUCUUUCGAUAAUCCAGAAUUUUACCCACGGGUCAUAAGGCCCGUUAGAAAACUAUACAACAAUGCCGGUCGCCGCUACAACAACAGCAGGCGCCGGACGCCAAUCCACCAUCGGAUUCUUCGCACCACAGCAAUCAGUCUAGUUCUACGGGUAGUUUCCUUGAUCUCCAGAGUUCUUCGACUUGGGAUCAUAGUUCUACUCCAUUGUUCCAUGGAUAUGAUUUCGGUUUCGAUGUGAAUGCUCAAUGUUCUGUUUCCUCGGCAGCAGAUUCUUUGUUUCCUCUUGAUGCAUUUACAGCCCCCGUUCAACAAGUAUCUUUCCAGAAUUCCCCUGAUUGGUACUUGCCUCAAACCGAUUCUUUCGAACUCCCUGCAUGGAAUGAUCCGUCAAUGGGAGAGGAUUUCGUGCUCGAUUCUUCUCUCCCCAUCGCUGCUGGUGCUUCUCUUGGUAAUGAUGAUUUCCUGGGUCAAUCGGAUGUUGGAUCCAUUGGCCAUAUGUCUCAAUCCCAUUCAGUUAUCGAUCAUCAAACUCAUCGAGCAAUAUCCACUGAUCAAUCCUCCCCUUCCUCUUCAAACCCCAAAUCAACAUCCUCGCCAACUCACUCAUCCCCAAAUUCGCCUCCCUCUCCCAAAAUUCAAACUCCAACCAGUUCUUCAUCCACCAUAUCACGAGUUGAGAAACGCAAGCUAAACACCUUAGCCGCUCGUCGAUAUCGACAAAAACGCGUCGAUCAAAUGAGUAGCCUCGAGGCUGCACUCAAAGAAGUUGAACGAGAACGAGACGCCUUGAAAGUUCGUGUUGCGAAAUUGGAGGGUGAGACGGACAUCUUGAAGAGUUUGUUGAGUAAAAAGAAUUAGGAUCCGGUUUGAAAAGGAUGGAUGGAAUUCUGAGGUGCUAUUUGCUUCGAUAGGCGUGAUUAUCGAUACCUGAAUUGAAUCAUCAUUCACCAUCAUCAGUUUGCUAUUCGUGACAACAAAGUUUAAGAUAUGAAAGAUAUGUGAAGUGAGAUUUUCAGACGAUGUCGGUUCGAUAUUUCAUGGACCAGCAGAUUGAUCACUCAUAUCGGCAAAAAAAAAAAGUUGAAUCAUAGUCUCAAAUGCACUUGUCUGGAAUAAUUUAGGAGUACUUACGUCUUCUUUUCA